AUGGCCCAACGGUUAAGGCGCCCGCCUACGGAGCGGGAGAUUCCAGUAAUUUGUUUCUGCUAUGGUCCGGAAACAAGCAAACCAAUAUUUGGUGUUUCAUCAGAAGGUAUUGAUUUACUUGAUCGUCUUUUAUCUUUUGAUCCUCGUCAACGUUCAACGGCAGAGGAAGCACUGACACAUCCGUUUCUGGAUCAUUAUCAUUCUCCAGAAGAACCCAUUGCAGAACGUAUAAAUAACAUGUAUCUAGACAUAGAAUGUGGUGUACAACAAUGGAAACGCAAGUUAUUCGAAAAGAAAACUUUUUUUUAUUCAUCUUUUUCUUUGGUCGGCUAA